UUUACUUUGACAUCCUGGAUAGAAAUAACAGAAUCUCCCAGAGUUUUUUUUCUCACAAUGUCAAGAUCUGAUUUUCCACCAAAUUAUGAGGAGACCGGCAAUCCUCUCUACCCACCACAAGCCGGUGGCUACCCACAACCACCCCCAUAUGGAUUUUCAGGACCAGGUUAUCCACAACAGCCUGGAAUGUUCCCCCAGCCAGGAAUGUUUCCACAGCCAGGCAUGCAUCCCAAUCCAAAUAUGCCGAUGGGGGGUUUACCACCAAUGAUGCCACCAAUGAUGCCACCAAUGAUUUCACCAAAUGAACCAUUAAAUCAAGAUGGUCGUAAUUCAUAUGGAGCUGGCAAAGAUGAAGACACCGAAGGUUUUGCAGAUAGUUCCUGGGACAACAAAAGUGUCAGACAUGCUUUCAUCCGUAAAGUCUACCUUAUUAUGUCUGCUCAGCUUCUUGUUACUGUUGCUUUUGUGGCCGUUUUCACAUUCUGCAUGCCUGUAAAAAGUUUUGUUAUCAAAAACUCUGCCGUGUACUGGGUGUCUUAUGGAGUUUUUUUUGUCACAUACUUUGUGUUGGUAUGCUGUGAAGGCCCAAGGAGACGCUACCCCUGGAAUAUCAUAUUGCUUGCUAUAUUUACUCUGGCUAUGUCCUACAUGACUGGAACCAUCUCAAGCUACUACGACACAAAAUCUGUUUUCCUGGCACUUGGCAUCACUGCGUUGGUCUGCAUUGUAGUUACUGUCUUCUGUUUCCAGACUAAGGUGGAUUUUACAUCGUGUGGCGGACUCUUCUGCGUCCUGGGGAUUGUUCUUUUUAUUACUGGGAUCAUCACAGCCAUCGUACUGUCAUUCAAAUAUAUCCCUUGGCUUCACAUGGUGUAUGCAGCAAUAGCAGCCGUGGUCUUUACUUUGUUCCUAGCCUAUGACACUCAGCUCAUCAUUGGAAAUCGGAAACACAGCAUCAGCCCUGAAGAGUACGUCUAUGGGGCUCUGAAGCUUUACACGGACAUUGUUAAUAUCUUCCUUAAUAUCCUGCAGCUAAUAGGAGCGUCAAAGUAGGAAUGCCUGGAGCAGCCUGGGUGCGGACCAAAUGGCGUAGUCACAGAACACCAGCUAGUUUGACAGCCAAAUGUGUGUGCAGCCUUUUGACAGACAAUUUGCCAGAAUGCACACCACCUAGAGGUAUCGGGGCAAAGGGGCAUGCAGGUGUUUUCCAUCUAAUCCUUCAUCUACAGUAUCCAGUGCUAGCCUGUCUACUUAAGAGUUUAUGUAGUUUGAGCUUUUACAUAUAUAAUAUUGUAUUUUAUAAGUAAAAUUAUACAUUAAUGAGGAUUACAGCUGCUGUGUUCUCUGUAUUGGUCGUAUGUUGUAUUCUGAAGUAAAGGGACAUUCAUUAUUAGGAGAGGACAAAUAAACAAAACAAACCACACUUCAUGUGCCACAAGUCUUACUUACCAGUGAUUUGUUUUGGACAGUUUUAACAGAUAGAGUAUGCAUAGAUGUUCUUGCCCUUUUUGUAACAAUGAAGGAUAUGUUGUACAACACACCCUAAAGUUAAUGUUAAUCACUUUCCUUCAGAAAUCUGCCUUUGUUUAGAACAUUUAAAUUUCCUUAUGCUGGUUAUCAGAAGAUGGAAUGUGUUGUGAUCAUUUUGAGCAGACUGACAGUGCUAAAUGUGUAUAAUGUAAAUAUUUACCUCCAUUGUAAUGCUCUUCAGUGCUUAUGUUAUGUUACCUAUGUUGUGUAUAAAUAGAUUAAACAAAAUGUUUCCAAUAUUCCUCUAGUUUCAUUUCAGGAGCUGCUUUUCAAUGGGUAUAACUGCAACAUUUUAAAUGUAUUUUAAUUAAAAUCUUUCUUGAUU